AAAUAUUUGUUGCCUUUUAUCAAGAUGGAUAUUUCCAAGAUAUGAAAGUUCUUCUGUAUAUAUAUGCACUGUAUUUCCUAUUGCCGAUCAUCCGGAGUACGUAACUCCAGAGCCUAUUUUUGCCCCUCCGGUCUAUUACCCAGCAAAGUCGGCACUGAAGAGGGUAGUCCCAUCCCUUGUAAUUAGUACUACGUGUCUACCUUAACUUAAUAACUAACCAUAUCCACUAUGGCAACGCAUGGCAAUGAAACAAACAGAUUUCUCAUAUGGGGCGGAAAGGGAUGGAUUGCCGGUCACCUCGAGACUCUGCUGAAGAGUCAAGGCAAGGAGGUGUAUACGACGACCGUUCGUAUGGAAGACCGUGAAGCAGUCACGUCCGAGCUGGAUAAAAUCAAACCUACCCACGUCCUGAAUUGCGCUGGUUGCACAGGCCGUCCUAACGUUGAUUGGUGUGAAGACCAUAAGGAAGAGACGAUACGGUCGAACGUUAUUGGGACUUUGAAUUUGUCGGAUUGUUGCCUCCUUGCGGGCGUUCAUUGCACUGUCUUUGCUACUGGUUGCAUUUAUCAUUAUGAUGAUGCUCAUCCCAUCGGGGGCCCUGGAUUUACGGAGACGGACCCUGCGAAUUUCACGGGUAGCUUCUAUUCUGAGACCAAGGGUCAUGUAGAAGAGAUUAUCAAAUACCACCCCAACACAUUGGUCCUUCGCUUGCGUAUGCCGGUGUCAGAUGAUCUACAUCCACGCAACUUCGUCACCAAGAUCAGCAAGUAUGAGCGUGUAGUUGACAUCCCGAACAGCAACACGAUCCUAACCGAUCUUCUGCCGGCCUCCAUUCUCAUGGCAGAGCAUAAGGAUACUGGGGUUUAUAACUUCACCAACCCAGGAGCCAUCAGUCACAAUGAAGUGUUAUCGCUAUUCAAGGAGAUCGUCCGUCCGGAUUUCACGUGGAAGAAUUUUACCGUGGAGGAUCAGGCUAAGAUAUUGAAGGCCGGUCGUAGCAACUGCAUGCUAGACACAACGAAGCUGGAGAAGAAGUUGAAGGAGUAUAACUACUCGGUGCCUGAGGUUUAUGUAGCUUACCGACAAUGUUUUGAGAGGAUGAGAGCUGCGGGGGUUAAAUAAGCUGGACGAUUUGGUGGCUUGGUGGCUACAUAUCUAUUGAUGACUAGAAGACUACUUAAGUACCUAA